UAGGUACAUAACAAUACUUAAUUAAGCUUUUUACAAGGUUCUUUUGAUAUAUUUUUAACUCUUAAUAUAUUUUUAGGACGACUUAAGCAGACAAAACGAGAUGCGCACAUCAAAGAGCGAGGACAUGCUGAAGCACCACGCGAUGAACCAUCAGAACGACAUGCUGCGCUACGCUAGCAGCGGCAACAUCAGGGCUGCGCAGGACCCGAAUCUCAUGCAGCAAAGGAUCGGCGACGACCGCCAUCUGCGCGGCCAAGCAAAGAUGGCCGAGAUGAGCGAAGAGGUGCGCAGAAGACAGAACCGCAUCAUCGCUCCAAAUUAUCCCCUCUCGCCUCAACACAUGCAGAACAGUCCGAAUUAUUAUCAGCAGCAGCAGCAGCAGCAACAGCAAUACUACAACACGCAUAUGCAGAACACACAGAGCAUGCAGAAUCUGACUUUGAACUUGAAUCAGAAUUAUCCGCAGACUUAUCCGGGUAAUAACGCUAUGAGUCCCACGGGUCACUUUUCACCCAAGUCAACUCUGACGGCUCCUAAACCCGGAAGAAAUAUCGAAAAUCUUCCGGAAUUGCCGCCAACCAGUACGCAUCCUUUGUAUUCAGCCAGUACGCAGGACCCGCCGAAGAUGUCAUUCUAUCCCACAGGUACUGUGGGUUCUGGAAAGACGCCGCGCGAUCCGUGGGCCAGAGAGGAGCAGGAACGUCAAAGGGAAGCCAGAAGGGAGGCGGCCAGGCAGUGGCAGGAACAGCAGAUCAGGGAGUUGUCCUCGUUGCCAUACCGCACUGCGCAGCAGGAGGAACAGCUCAGAGCGUUGCAGCUGGAGAAGGAGUUCCAGAGGCGGGCGCAGGAGGAAGCCGAACUUGACGAUGAAGACACAGAAAAGACGGUUAUAAGCACAGUAAACUCAACAACGGUGGUCAGCAAACAAGAACCAUCGCAAGCCCCGCCUACCUCCAUCUUGAAACCAGGCGGCGUUCUAUCUCCCCCACAACAUCAACAACAAAACCACGCUAACAUCAACAAUUCGGUAACAAACAAUAACCACCAUCACAUCCAACACAACAAUCAGCACAACCAUCACCAGCCUCAGAUGCAACAGCAACAACAUCAGUUGCAGCAGCAGCAGCAGCAGCAACAGCAGCCGCCUCCGAUGCAGCAGAUGCAGACGUCUCCGACGGAGGUGCUGGCUCCGCAGCCGCCAGAGAGGGGCAGCAGCUUCGCGGUCAUGUCGAUGCGCGCCAAGGAAAGCACGAAGAGAGUUUCGUUCAAUGACACGUCGUCUGCGGUUAGCGGCGGCAGUCAGCCGCCCAAUACUUUGCAAAUCGAAGAGAAUAUCAGGGAAGAUCCAAAUAGUUUCAUUCGCGAAGCCGAAUCCAUGUUGGCAUCACCCACGACGCCGACAGACGCCGGUCCCGGCAUUUCCAUAGCGACGCCUGGCGUCAUCGGUGCCCAGGAAGUGUACCGAGACCCGAGGACGCGCCGUCUGCAGGAGCAACAGAACCAAAAGAACCAACAAAGCACCGGUGCCGUGCCCGAGAAACUCUCCUUCAAGGAGAAGAUGAAGAUGUUCGCGAUGGAGACCGGCGAGCAGGGCACGCCGAAAGACAAAAGCAAAAUAAGUAGGGCGCAAAGGGAAAUAGACAACAUCGGCUCGCCCAGCUCUGGACUGGUUCACUAA